AUGGCUUGCUCUGUUGCUGGGUAUCGGAUAUACAUUUUUUUUUUUACUGUUUUGGAUCUGGGAUUUUUUUUGCCUCUUGGAACUUGGACUUUGCACUUGAGAGACUUUGGAGUGGUGUUUUGUGAUUUUGUGUGGGGGUGUUGUUGUGUUUUAUGUGAUUUGGGUGGUGUACUGACGUUGUAG